UGUCUUUAUUCAGUGUUCAGUAGCUGCACGAGGACCUUCAUGUGGAGCCAUGGCUGGGGUCAGGGUUGAGCUGCUGAUGGUCCAGAUUGUGAUGACGUUGCUGCUGGUUUCAGUAACGGGCUGGGAGUGGAUCAACGAAACUCAACUGCCUCAUUUAUAUGAGAAGGGCCAGUUGGGAAAACCACGUACCUUUACCUCGCCAGAUGACAGCAGUGUUGAAGACAGUAAAGAUGCAGUUCCUGAAGUUGAAGGUGCUGCCACUAGUGAAGACUUCAACCCCUCUGCUAACUAUGAAUACCAGGUGGGUGCAGUAGCUUUUGGCCCAAGAAACUGGGCCAGCGGUUCGGACGGUGGGUUCCAGGUGGAACUUGUAGAUGCCCCUCCAAGCCGCUGGGCCAGCGGUACUGAUGGUGGGUCCCAGGUGGAACUUGUAGAUGCCCCUCCAAGGAGCUGGGCCAGCGGUACUGAUGGUGGGUCCCAGGUGGAACUUGUAGAUGCCCCUCCAAGGAGCUGGGCCAGCGGUACUGAUGGUGGGUCCCAGGUGGAACUUGUUGAUGCCCCUCCAAGCAGCUGGGCCAGCGGUAGUGAUGGUGGGUCCCAGGUGGAACUUGUAGAUGCCCCUCCAAGGAGCUGGGCCAGCAGUAGUGAUGGUGGGUUCCAGGUGGAACUUGUAGAUGCCCCUCCAAGCAGCUGGGCCAGCGGUACUGAUGGUGGGUCCCAGGUGGAACUUGUUGAUGCCCCUCCAAGGAGCUGGGACAGCGGUACUGAUGGUGGGUCCCAGGUGGAACUUGUUGAUGCCCCUCCAAGGAGCUGGGACAGCGGUACUGAUGGUGGGUCCCAGGUGGAACUUGUUGAUGCCCCUCCAAGCAACUGGGCCAGCAGUACCAGUCUAAGUUCUACUGAGCUAGAUGUGGUUUGCAGUGACGUUGGCUUCCAUAUUACUCUGCCGACAGAUCAACUAAGCGAAGUUAAAGUUUUGGGCUCAAAGGACCUGCUGUCUGUCAUGGAUGCUCCAGAGUCUUGUGGUUAUGAAGUGAACUCUUUCAAGAACACACUGACUGUACCCUUCACUGGGUGCAAUGUGAAAAAUACUGACCGCUACAGCUUGCAGUUGUUGUAUGUCGAUAAGUUUGAUCAGACACAAAUUGCUACUGCAUCCUGUGAGAAGAGUCCAAAGUUUGAUCCUGGCCUGUUCGCUCGCUCCAGUAGCCGACACAAACCUACAUCAAAAUGCAGUUACCCAACGGUUGCACCACCACGACCAACACUGCCAGUGGCACAAACUUGUAGUGUCCCUCCAUGGGAGCAGGUGAAAUGUGGCAAGUCGGGUAUAUCUUUAUCAGCCUGUAAGAUGAUGGGAUGCUGUAUAGAUUUUUCUACAUAUGCCUGCUACUACCCACUGGAUGAGUGCACUGCAGAUCAUCAUUUUGUGUUUGCCAUUCGCUCCAACUCUGCACCCAUCCCUGUGGACCCCACCAAGCUCAUUAUUCCUGGGAAUCCAAACUGUAAACCAGUCUUUGUUAACCACAAGGUUGCCAUCUUUAAGUUCAAAGUCACAGAAUGUGGAACUCAUGCUUAUGAAGUUGGUGAGACAAAAAUCUACCUGGCUGAAGUGCAGACUAUCGUCAAAGCUCUGAGCCUCAAGUAUGGUGUAAUUACAAGAAGUGAUCCACUCAGGUUCUUGGUAGAGUGCCGCUACAGCAAAACAGGCAGUGGCCAGCACUCAAUGGCCAGUGUUGGCUACAUGGUCAAGAUCCCAAGUUCCCACUUGCCAUCAGCAGUCAUCUCCAAUGGCUUAUAUAGUGUGCAAUUGAGAAUUGCAAAAGAUCACACAUAUUCAAGCUACUACCCCACUUACCAUCAGCCCUUGCGACUGCUCCUUGGCAAGCCAGUGUAUCUUGAACUGAACCUGAAGUCUCCUAAACCAGAUGCUGUAAUUCUAGUCAACUACUGCAUAGCUUACCCUCGCUCUGCAAAGAAUGCACUGGUACUUAUUUAUCAAGGGUGUGCCAACCCCCAUGAUCCAAAUGUGUCCAUCCUUAAAGUCCAUGACCUUCCCAAAAAUCGUCACCAGAGGCGCUUUGUGGUCCGUGCAUUCCAAUUUAUGGAUCAAACAACAAACAAGUACCUUGAUGAAGAAAUCUAUUUCAUGUGUUCUACAGAAGUGUGUAGGGAAUUGGAAAAGAAAUGUCAACAACAGUGCUUUGAUAGAAAGGCACCACAUGGAUUUGUAGCUCAAGAUCAUAUAAAGAUAUAGGAAAAAUAAAGUGAACAUUUUAUGAUA